AGUGGGAUCACUUGAAGAAUGAUGAGCUCCAAGGAAGGGGAAACUAUCCGCUUCUUCCAGUAUGUCGAGGAGAAUGGACUGAAAGCUUACAACGGCCUGCUGGCUCAGAACCUGGACCACGCCAGGAAUGAGAAGAAUAGGCUGUACCUGCAGGAGAAAAACGACAAGAAGAGAAAGCAGGAGGAAGCCAUAAGGAGGACGGGGGAGGACAUAGUAGCAACAGAAGGCAAGCACUUACGUAUGGGCUCCAUCACCAUGCCAGACCCGCAGGAACGCAUGCCCAUGCCCCAUCCGCACGCUCUGGCCUGUGGGCAGGGCUUCUCCGUGCGCUCCCAGUCCCUCCACUCCGUGGGCGGCAGCGGUGGGGGCGGAGACGAAGAGGUGGGGAGCCCGACCUCCAGGAAGCAGCCCCCGCCCAAGCCCAGGAGGGACCCGGCCACCAAGCUGAGCAUGUCGUCCGAAGCGGUGGACCACAGCCCCGUGUCGGCCUGCCGUGGAGACAGAUGCGAUGAUGUUCAAGGAUGCAGUGAGGACUGCCGGCGGCUGCCACCGCCCAAACCCAAGAGGAACCCAAACACACAACUGAGCGUUUCCUUCGACGAGUCUUACAUCAAAACUCACAGCGGUGGAGUGUGCCCGGCCAAAGCGCUCCACCGCAGCUGCUCCCCGUGCGAGCGCAACGCCUCGCCGCCGCACAGCGACGACAGCCCCACCGACGACUGCGAGGACGAGCCCGUCUACAUCGAAAUGGGCGGGAUAGACGUCGGGGCGCGAGAACUCUCGAAAAGCGAGGACGAGGAGCCGGGGGAGUCGGUGUACGAGGAGAUGAAGUACCCCAUGCUGGAUGAUAUGGAGUACCGUACUGACCCGGUGGGGUGUCGCUCGGCAUGUCCCACCCCUGCACCGUAUGACCCCGAACCUCUCAGCCGAUGCUCCACUCCGAGAAACAUUCCUUUCUGUGACAUUCCUGCUCCGUUUCCCAACUUACUUACUCACAGGCCUCCACUGCUGGUGUUCCCUCCAGCCCCGGCCCAAUGCUCGCCCAAUUCGGACGAGUCCCCCCUCACCCCGCUUGACGUUACCAAAUUGCCGAUGAUGGAGAACCAACCUUAUAGCAAAUCGCCGACCUCUUCCGCCGAGCCAGCCUCUUCGGCUCACGUCCGUAGAGAGCUGACGGCCACCCCGACCCUCACCGUUUCUGGCCGCUCCUCCGCACCUCCCCUGCCUUGUACGCUCUACAAAUCGUCCACCUCACCGUCCUACCAACGCAGCCACUCGGCGUGCCCGUCCCCGGUCAGCAUAGGGCGCUGCCUGACCCCGUUGAGCCUCAUGCGAACGCCGCCCUUCGACGCUGCGGUGCCAUUUCCGGGGGGGCUGCCGAGAAGCGCCUCGGCCACCCCUCAUGGCAAAGGGUCACCGCCCCAAGAUGGUGUGGCACGACUCCAUGGCUCCAUGCAGAAUGUGUCGACGGGGCGUUCGCGGACACCCACCAGCCCGCUGGAUGAACUGACCAACCUGUUUACCACUGGCAGGAACAUGCUGAAGAAAAACGCCAGUGGGAGAAAAUCCAAAGAGCCCGGAGAGACGGAGUCCAAAAGUAAGUCCCACGGUGAGUCCAAACGUGAAGGCAAGGAACGGCACGGUCACAGCAAGGAAUCCAAGCGAGACUCGAAGGAGCGCCACGGCAAAGAGUCCUCUCAUCGCAGAGACAGAGACAGAGACAAAGACAGGGAUAGAUCAAACAACAUAGAGUCACUGGCCCACAGGCGCAACAGCAAAGACCGAAGCAACGUGGAUGCAGCACUCGUCCGCAGGGACAGUCGGGAAGGCAGAGACCAAGGCUACAGCAGUGUGGAGGCCAUUCCAGUUAGGUGGGAUUCUAAAGAAAGGAGCUGCAGCUCCGUGGAACCCAUUCCAUUGAUAAGAAGAGACUCAAAAGAUAGAGGGAUUAGCAAUGGAGACCUGAUGGCGAGGCAAGACAGUAAGGACAGGGGUCCAGGACACGGAAUGGAGUCUUUAGUCAAACAGGAAAACAAGGACAGAGAGCGACUCCUCGAUCAGGCGCCAGAGUUGUUACCCAGACAAGACAGCAAAGAGGGUGCUCGAAACGGUGGAGACUGCUGCAGACACGACGGCAGAGAGCGACUGCUGGAUCAGCCACCGGAGCUCAUACCCCGACAGGAUAGUAGAGAGCGUGUGAGAAAUGGGCUGGACUCAAAGCACGAUAGCAGAGACAAGCCACCUGAGCUUCUGCCCCGACAUGAGAGCAAAGACAGAUUUAGAACUGCGUCCGAAUACAGGUAUGAUAGCAAAGACUAUCGUCCCGAUUCAUUAGCCCGACAAGACAGCAAAGAGAGGGCGAGGAACGACAUGGAGCACAGACACGAGGGCAGGAUAGACCAGCCGCCUGAGAUCCUUCCCAGACAAGAGGCACCCAGGAGCAGCAGCAGCAGCAGCAGCAGCAGUAAAGAAAGGUCAGGAUUUGUCCCCGAAUCAAAGCAUGAGGGAAGAGAGAGAAACGUCCACAACGGAGACCUUCCACCACCUUUUCUACCAAGGCAGGACAGUAAAGAUCUGAGCCGGACUGGCCUGGAAGUAAGACCGGACAGCAAGGACAGAAGUCCCAAUGGCUCGGAUCAGCGUCAGUACGAUGGUAAGCUCCCAAAGAGCCCUACCGCGAUGGAGUACAGGUGCGACAGCAAAGAAAGGGGACACCGAUGUGACGGAACGCCACGACGAGAGAACAGAGCAAAUCAGAGUACGCACCCGUCCAAAGCACAAGAGAGAAGCGGGAGCACAGUGUCGGGCCAGCAUUCCUGCACCACCACGCCUACCCACCACAGCAGAACGACGGGGAGCCCGCCGAUGACCGCGGGCACCGGAAAUGAUAUGAAAGCAGCGCCUAAGUAUGCCCGCUCGCCUUCCAUGUCCGCUAACCCGUCCCCAAUCGGGACGCCACAAAGGAGAGCGGCAGAGGCCCAUCACAGCCAGAUGCCCCAGAUGCCGUGGAUCUGCGGCGACACCACCAUGCUGGAGCAGAUUGAGAGGAAGCGAACACUCUGCAAAGAAAUCCGGUCCAGGCAACAUCCUCAACUGCAGCGGUAUCUGGAGAGGCCUCCUCCGGACAGGAGUGAGGAUCGGCCAAGUCAGUGCAAGCAAGAGAGUGCCCCGGUCCUCCCGCCUUGCGGGAAGAGCGGCGGGGUCAAAAAGAUCCGUCCUCCUCCUUACCCAACGCAGACAACUGUAUUCUGGGACACUGCCAUCUGACUUGAUCCAAACACACCUCCCAUGUGCCACACAAGCCAGAAUGAGCCCCCAUCCUCACCCCCCGAGGGAUCAUCCAGACAAGCAAGCAACUAGAGCACCAGAAGGAUGAUGCUCACUGAUGUCAAAGGACAAUGGUGUUACCAUAGCAAUAUUUCCGCUUGUUCAGGUUGUCAUGCUGGUGAUAUUUGAUAUUUUUCUAUUUCAUGUGGCUGGAUUCUUGUAAUAUCACCAGUAGAGUAGAUAUUUGAUCAAUAGAUAUUUUCUAAAUCAGAUGGGGAUUCAAGAGCGUCCAAAAUGAUGGAUAGCAGAUGGAGAUGCCAUCUAACCUUUUGUUAUUUUAGGAUUCGUUUUUAUGUUUCGCCGAUUACUUUGACCUUAAAUACUCGAUGAAUACCUGUCCUGUGGUUUUUCUUUCGACCCGACACCUUUCGAAAGCACUACUUAAGAUGAAUGAUGUAUUCCGUUUUGUCUUCAACUAUUUGAAAUGUUCACUGUUGUGUUGUCAGCCGAGGAGUCGUGUCGACAUUAGGGAAGGGUUUGAUCGAUUGUUAAGUGAGUGAGGAGAGGAUUGUCGAUUGGAAGCAUUUAAGACAAAAUGGAGUGCACUAAUUCAGUCGGUUCAUUUUUCAUGUGAAAAAACGCAACAUGGCAGCUAUGUGAAGUUGAGCUUCAUCCGCACAUUUUUCACUAUCGUAAUACAACACUGUCAUCCACUCGACUUUGGAAGAAUCCCAAAAGGAUUGUCCAAUCCCAUUACGCCAAACAACGACAAAGAAAUGGAGUGAAAUGCCCUUCCCUAACGGACAUGCUGUAGAUUGCUAUCCGCGCCCACUUUUGCUCAUUUCAAAUGUACCAUGGAAAGAAGUCACUUCAUCAGUCUCUUAGAGGGGGGGAAUUUUGUCAGAGUGUAGUAGGAUGACAGAGGAAAUGUGACGAUGAUAUCUGUAGUAUUGAACCACACCAAUACGGGUGUGUCGUAGCAAAUUAGAAAAGACAUUAACAGUAGGAUUUCCAAAACCAGCCAAAGCCUGUUUUAAGCGAGAAACUGUGUGGUGGCACUCUGGAGGGGUUGGUUAUUCAAAAUGGCAAUCCACUCGACGCCGGCGCCUUUACUUUGCCAUGCACACUGCAAGUACCAGUACACAGUGUAAAUACUUGAUGCCAAUAACCAGCCUGUACAAUCAACACCUGAGCUUUUAGAACCUGUCUUGAUUUUACUGCAGAUUAUAAUAGCCAUAUGCACUUGCUUAAGAAAUACCUUUCAAGAUGAUGCUUAUAUACAGUAUAUAUUUUUGAAAACGUGACAAGUAGCGAGCUGUGCCACGUGCCGCGUUUUAUUUUGCCAGGGAAGUCAAAGCUCCAUUCGGGAUCGGCUGUGUGUGUGUGUGUUUGACAUGCAGUCAAUGACUGAUUGGUUGCCCCCGGAUCGAUUGCGAUUGGCUGGAAACAUUUACGGAGAUCAUCGAGGACCUAUGUCAUGGCCAACAGCUCAAGAAAUGAAUUUAAGGACAGGGGCUUGCACAAAGGCCUCCAAAUCUCGGGGGGUUGCCAAGAAAACUGCACUGCCCAUCAUCGUUCCAUCACAUCCAAUCAGGCUGGUAACAAUGUUCCUUCUCCCUCAGCUGUCUCCCUCUACCUCAACCUCCUGUUUUCAUCAUCUCAAUUGGUUCCCUUUUGCACAUUCAAAUGCAAUGUCCACAUUGCCAAAUAGUAUGGGUUGGACGGAUGAGCUACAGCCCUCAGAGUGCAAGUGCAGUAACCCCCUCUCGUGGUGCCAAUCAGCACCGCAGCCCUCCUCCGUGUUGUACCGAUACGAGAGAGAGAGAGAGCCAGAGAGCCAGAGAGCCAGAGAGCCAGAGAGCCAGAGAGCCAGAGAGCCAGAGAGCCAGAGAGCCAGAGAGAGAGAGAGAGAGAGAGCGUGCCAGGGAGUGACCUCUGUGUUUGUGUGUGCCUAGCUACACUGUAUGCAAGCUG